AUGCCCAAGGAGGUCGCCGAUAUCAAAAAGUUCAUCGAGAUCUGCCGCCGGAAGGACGCUUCCUCCGCGCGGAUCAAGAAGAACAAGAAGGCACACAAUGUCAAGUUCAAGGUCCGCUGCCAGAGGCACCUCUACACCCUGGUGCUCAAGGACACCGAAAAGGCCGAGAAGCUGAAGCAGAGCCUCCCUCCCAACCUGCACAUCACCGACCUCUCCAAGAAGAACUAA